UAUCAUCCGCAAUACAAAUAUACCAUCACGCGAUCGAUAUCCCAGAUUGAAAUGUCCAGUUGCAAUCCCGUAUAUCUUGAUCAAGCAGAUUUGGGUGAUGAUGCUCUUAGUAGUCCAUCAUCAGAAUAUUACGCGGCUGGAAAAGUACGGGACAACAGCACGAAUAACGAGAAGCUGGAAAGCACCAUAGGCAAAGACAAUAACAGCGCCAUGACUAAUUCGCACAAUACAUCGGAGACGAAAGCAGAACGCAAGAACCAACGCAAGUCACUUUUGGCCUCCUUGAAAUACUCAUGGAUAUUGGCAGGAGUGGUAUAUCCUAUACUGUUAGGCCUGUGUCUAACAUUCUAUUAUCUGAUGUAUGACCAGCUGGCUUCGAUGGCAGAAUUUCAGCUGGCAGCCAUCGCUGAUCCCCAGGGGAAGAAAGACAAGGUCUUUGCAUAUGCAUGUUUCGUAUUCACUGGCACGCUGUUGUUUGGCCUUGUGCUUAUACUAUUCUUCUACAUUUUCUGGGACGAGCCUGAAGUUCGGUCCCGGCAUCACGGCUUUAUCAGUCAUUUCUGUGGAUCGGUUGUUUAUACGUGCGUACUUGGCCCGAUAAGCGCAGCCAUAUUUUUGGAACAGAGCUCCAUCAAGGCAGUAGACAUCACUGUGUCUGGGGGAAUCCCGAUUAUCACUAAAUCGCAGGUUUACAGUAGCCUAGUUGUCUGGUCGACGGUACUGUAUUACUUCGGAUUUGGAAUGAUCUUCUCUGCGGUUAUCAAUCGCAUGCGAUUCAUGUAUCUGAUAUUCCACAAGCGACAAAGCCAACCUGAAUAUUGGACGGGUGUAGUGCAACACGUAUUGUUCUUCAGCGCAACCGUGACACCGUCCACGCUUGUGUGUUACUAUGCAGAUGUAGAGUGUACAGACGCACAAAGUGCUUCGGGCCCGAUAGUUUUUGGUGCAACACUCGCUAUCGAAUACUCUUUCUACCUCUUCCACACUAGAUACGCCCAUAUGUACUUUGUGGAUUGGUAUGGCAAUUUACGCUGCUUUAUCAUCUGCGAGUUUGGCUUUUGGAGUCCAGUCGUCUACGGUCUGAUAACCGGAGAUGCAUGGCGGGUUGCUUCUGCAACUUGGCUGGUUGGCUGCUUCAUGGCCUGGUUGUUUGGCAUUGAUAAUUUCCUUUUUAUAAUUGUGAAAGUACUCGCCCGAGCGCUCUGCCGAGACGACAUACUGGAGAAUAUCGAUUUACAGGGCGCCUACUUCAGAGCGCAUGAAAAUGCGAAGGAACUCCUGGCUCUGCUGAGUUUGGAGAAAACUAGAGAGAUGUUCCUACGGUACGCAGAAGGACGCCACUGCGAGGAACAAGUAGAAUUCCUAAUCGAUGUUCAGGCGUGCUCACUUGCGAAGGAUAGUGAGAACCAAACCAUAGAGGAGAAAGUGGUACUCAUCGCCAAUAGAUAUGUACGACCGGACAGCGAGAAGGAGAUUAAUUUGCCACAGGUGGUGCGCGAUAAACUCCUACGUAAAAUCGAGGAGAAGGAUUACCUGGACGUAGCGACGCUUUUCGAAGAAGCAUUUCACGAAAUAGCCACGAUGAUUAGCCGCAAUCUGAUAUUGAACUUUGUAAAAAGUCCCGAAUAUUUGGAGUAUGCAGAGAAGGCAACGGAAAACCAGAGAAUUCAAAAAGUUCUGGAAGACAAAGGCAUGAUGGCCUCUCGUGGUCCUGAUCACAGAGUAGAGCUUACCGAAAGGGGAAUCAGGCGAGGGUCGUCAUUCAGCCAUGUGCGAUCAAUGAGCAUUGUCUGAUGUAUAAACUAACUGUACAUAUGUGAUGUACAACUAGAUCACAUCACAACCACAACUCCAUAAACAUUAUGCCGACAUAACAUUGUGCCGACAUUGUAAAUACUCCUUUAGCAUCUGGCAGAUGUACUUUGCUUAAAAUAAAUAAUAUGC